AUGUUUAAAUCCUUUUUGAAGACCAAGCCCGUGAGAUACGUGCCUGCGUUAGCCGUAUCGGCAUACGCCAUAAAUUACCAAUUGAACCAACUUCAUAACCAACAACACAACAUUAUCCAUUCAGACACCCAACAGCAGCAACCAGCGUCAAUUGCUCAUGAUGUAGGUGACCCAAUUCGUAAACCGUUCCGUACAUUUACCGAUGAAAUAGAUGUUGACAAUUCCAUAUCGUCAUUCCCCACCGUGAUCCCCCACGCCGAAUACUCGCAGGAACCAUUUGAACUUGUGGGCCAUGGGGUUCGAUCAGUGACAUUUAUUGGGUUCAAAGUCUACGGAAUUGGAAUCUAUAUUGCACAACACGAUAUUCCACAAACCAUCAAAAUUCUCAAGGAAUUUUCCAUUAAUAACCCAGCUUUACCCGAUGAUGAUUCCCUUGUUGGUGUUGCCAAAGCCAUUAUUGAUAAUCCAUCCGAAUCCGAUCAGGUAGCUUAUGAUUUGCUCGAUAAUGGCGUUCGAUUCCUUGCGAGGUUGUCACCAGUAAGAAACACUGAUUUUAAUCAUAUGAAAGAUGGGUUAAUUAAAAGUAUCUUGUCGGGACAUAAAGAUGUAGAUACGAAACAACUGUUGAAUCAAGGUUUGGAUGAGUUAAGGGCGAUUUUCCAAGGAUGGAGAGGAUCGGUUCCUAAGAAUGAUGUGUUGGUGUUGGAGAUGUUGCAAAAUGGUGAGUUGGGCUUAAGUUAUGAGAAUCAGAAACUGGGUGAGGUAAAGAAGAUGGGUGUGGUGGGUAAUCCGUUGAUUGGCAAGACUUUGAUGUGGAAAUAUCUUAGUUCUACUAAACCAUUGAGUGAAUCGUUGAGGGAAAGUUGUACUGCUGGAUUUAGUGCCAUUUUGGAUCAUUAUGGAAGUGGAAAAAAUUAG